AUGGCCGCUAUCGUAUUAGGUAUAAAUGUCGAGGGUGCUAAUGGACAAAAUGGCAAUGGUCAGCAAGCUGAGAGUAUCGAUGCUCAGGAUAUGAGCACAACUGCCAGUCCUAAUGGUGGGGCUGGACGUAGUGGUGGUAGACCUGGUGGAUCAAAGGGCAAUGGAGCUGAGCCUACCGUAACAAUGGCCGACAAGUCGACAACUCCCUGUCCUAAUGCCGGUGCUGGUGGUGGGAACACAAAUCAGGCAACUACAGGACCUGCCAAGCUAAAAUUUACUAAUCUAAAAAUGGCCGGUGCUAAUCAGAAACACAAAUAAAUUUUCAUGGCUUAUAAAUAGG